AGUCGUAACACAUUUAAGAUUUAAAGAAAGAAAUAUAAUGAGUUUCCUUUAAUUAAAAUGAGUCCUGCCUUGUUGCAUCACAUUAAUUACAUUCGCGUUUAAUGUUAAUGUCCAUUAAGGCUGACACGAAAACGUGCUUUCAAUAAAAGAAGCACAAAGCGACGCUGAUCUUAGUCUGGCCUGGUUUUUAUGUAUAAAGAGCACCGAGAAGCAGCCCAUAAACACACUCAACCAAGGAUCCAAGGAAGCGCCGGGGCGAAGAUGGCUUCCCAGGGCAAGAGCAAUGGCCUGGCCAACAAGGUCACCACGGUGAUAGCCACCAAUGCGUACGGGCCGGAUGUGAUGACCGAGAUCAGCUACACGGACGCCAAGGUCGUUGGCAACGGCAGCUUUGGCGUGGUCUUCCAGGCCAAGAUGGUGCCCACCAAUGAGGCGGUGGCCAUCAAGAAGGUUCUACAAGAUCGGCGCUUCAAGAACCGCGAACUGCAGAUAAUGCGAAAGCUGCGCCACGACAAUAUCGUCACCCUAAGAUACUUCUUCUUUUCCAGCGGCGAGAAGCGGGAUGAGGUCUACCUAAACCUGGUCAUGGAAUUCAUGCCGGAGACGCUGUACAAGGUGGAGCGGCAGUACGCCCGGGUCAAGCAGACGCUCCCGGUUAACUACGUCCGGCUGUACAUCUAUCAACUGCUUCGGAGCAUGGCCUAUCUGCACAGCAUGGGCUACUGCCACCGGGACAUCAAGCCACAGAACAUGCUCCUGGACUCGGAAUCGGGUGUGCUCAAGCUAUGCGACUUCGGCAGUGCCAAGCAGCUGAUCGUUGGGGAGCCCAAUGUAUCCUACAUUUGCUCCAGAUACUACCGCGCCCCGGAGCUCAUCUUUGGGGCCACCGAGUACAGCACUAAGAUCGACAUGUGGAGCGCCGGCUGCGUCAUGGCUGAGCUGCUGCUCGGGCAGCUUCUCUUUCCGGGUGACUCGGGCGUAGAUCAAAUCGUUGAGAUCGUCAAGGUGAUGGGUACGCCAACCUCGGAGCAGCUACGGGACAUGAAUCCGCAGUACAAGCAGUUCAAGCUGCCGCAGCUGAAGCCACAUCCCUGGUCCAAGGUUUUCCGGAUCCGUACACCGACAGAGGCCAUCGAUCUAGUGUCCAAGAUGCUCAUCUACUCGCCCAAUGCCCGGGUCACGCCUCUAAUGGGGUGUGCGCAUCCCUUCUUCGACGACCUUCGUCUCGAUCCGCAACAGCAGCUGCCGAAUGGUCGUCCGCUUCCGCCGCUGUUUAAUUUCACAGAAUAUGAGAGAACGAUUGAACCAGACGCCAUGCCGCUCCUCCAGCCACGUACUAUGUCGGCCUCAACCUCAGCCAGGGAACAGAACUCACACCACAGCAGUCGGAAUCGCAACGCCGCCGGGGAGGAGAAUGCAGUACAGUCCAAGCAGCCGGCCACAGAACGUGCAAAGACCCCGGAAGCGGUAAGCAAGAGAUUCACUGUACUGUCGGAGGCACCGCUAGCCCUGAUCCAUCGCCAAGAUCUAGGCAAUGGCGACCAUAUGGCGGUGGGCACUGUGCCAUUGGAAACCUUUCACCUGGCAGAGACGCAAUCCCCGGAAUGCGAGGAUGCGGACGCCAGUGCCGAAGAGAAUCUGGAUGAGGAUGCGGCGGAUGAGCAUGACACUGAUGACGAAGACGAUGAUGGGCAGUUCAAUAGCGCCGACAGCAACACCAUUAGCGAUGACAUGGACGAAGCCUCGGAUGACGACGACCUUGAUGAUGAGGAGGACGGCGACUAGCAGCGCUCAAGCGUUUCGCUUUUCAAUGAGGUUUCUUUAUAACCAAGUAAUAUUCAUUAAAUCAACAAAAUUCCAAUUGAAGUAAUUAAAAAAUAAA